AGCUGCAUUUGAGGGAGAUGGAUUAAACUGUUUAAACCAUUUAAAUUCGAAGCAAAAACUGAAAAUUGUCAUAAGUCAUUUUCAUUACUUUUGUUUGUUAUGUUACUAUCACUUCGAUUAUUGCCGGUACAUUAAAAAUAUUUCAUAAUGGCUGCGUCUGUUUUUGCUGGGAAUUUCAACGUCAAAAUACCAACUGUUGGUGAUAAAGUUUACAAGGAGGAAUGCAUUAUCUGCUUUCAUACUCCGGAAUCUGAAAAUGGUCUAUAUGUUUGUAUGAACACUCUCCUUGGCUUUUGUAAAAAGCAUGUGGAAUUUUACUAUUCUCUUACUGGAAAUGCCUUAUUCCUUCACCUUCUUCGUUUCAAAAAAGAGAUUGAAGAAAAGUCUGUUCCGGAAAGUGCUCCUACCAAAUUAGCAAUAGGCCUUGAAGGUGGAUUUGAUGUUAGUGGGAAAAAAUACGAAUAUGAAGAUCAUAACAGCGUUGCCAUUUUGCCACAGUUCCAAAUUUUUCCUCUUCCCUGUGCAGAUCUACCAGAAUCAGUUCAAUUUAGUAUCAGUGCUAUUCUUAACACAGAUGCUGCUAGCGUUCAAGAGGAGGCUGAUGCUAUGGCUGGGACUUGGGAUGGAAUGCAGAGAGAAACCACUAAGCAUACUAAUUUAGUUCAACUUGAUAAUGGAGUAAAGAUUCCACCCAAAGACUGGCAAUGUCAAGUAUGUGGCCUCAAAGAAAAUCUGUGGCUUAAUCUUACUGAUGGUGCUAUUCAUUGUGGGAGAAAGUAUUUCAAUGGUCAAGGAGGAAAUAAUCAUGCUAUAGAACAUUAUGAAAAAACGAAAUAUCCAUUAGUUGUUAAACUAGGAACUAUAACUUCUGAAGCAUCAGAUGUUUAUUCCUAUGAUGAAGAUAAUAUGGUGAUUGAUCCAAAUCUGCCGCAACAUUUAGCACAUUUUGGAAUUAAUAUUAAAGAUCUACAAAAGACUGAUAAAUCUAUGGUGGAGUUAGAAAUUGAUUUGAACCAGCGUAUUGGUGAAUGGGCAGUAAUACAAGAGGAAGGAACAAAAUUAGUACCAUUGUAUGGGCCAGGUUAUACUGGAUUGGAAAACUUGGGCAAUUCAUGUUAUUUGAAUUCGGUAAUGCAAGUUGUUUUCAACAUUCCUGACUUCCUAGAAUGCUAUUAUAAGAAUUGUGAAGAAAUAUUUGCUGAGUCUCUUCUUGAUGCACCAAAGAAUUUUAAUGUUCAGAUGGCUAAGCUUGCAUAUGGUUUAUUAAGUGGAGAAUAUUCCAAACCUCCUGAAAGAAAAACGGAUGAUCCUCAAGAGGCAGUUGUGGAACUUCCUGGAAUAAAACCCCGUAUGUUCAAAAAUCUUAUUGGUCAGGGUCAUUCUGAGUUUUCAACUAAGCGCCAACAAGAUGCUCAGGAAUUUUUCUUACAUCUUAUAAGUGUGUUAGAGCGUCAUUCACGUGGUAGAGGAAAUCCUGCUGAUGCUUUGAAAUUCCAAGUAGAAGAACGAGUAGAAUGUGCUUCCAAGAAAGUAAAAUAUACAACUAGAACUGAUUAUUUACUAUCUUUAGAUAUACCUUUUGAAGGAGCUACAAAUACAGAGGAACUAAAGGAAUUUGAAAAUAAAAAGGCUGAAAUACUUGCUAGAGGAGACCGAUUAAAACCAGAAGAAAUUGUCAAACCUAAAAUACCGCUGCAAGCUUGCUUCGAACGAUUUGCAGCUGAAGAAAUUGUUGAUGAUUUUUACAGUACAGCUCUAGAUCAGAAGACAACUGCUAAAAAAACUACUAGAUUGCGAACUUUUCCCGAUUAUCUUCUUUUACAUUUAAAGAAAUUCACUAUUGGUGAUGAUUGGGUUCCUAAAAAACUAGAUGUUUCAAUAGAUGUCCCUGAUAUAUUAGACUUGGGUGUACUUCGAGGAAUGGGUAUUCAACCUGAUGAAGAGGAACUCCCUGAAGCUCCUUCUUCUGAAAAUGAGUUUCAAUACAACGAAGCACUUUUGUACCAAUUGUCAGAAAUGGGUUUUCCUCUGGAUGGUUGCAAAAGGGCCUUGUAUGAAACACAAAAUCUAGGUAUUGGUGCUGCUAUGAACUGGGUAAUGGAGCACAUGAAUGAUGAAGAUUUUGAUGCUCCAUUUCAUUUACCUGGCACUAAACAGAGUAAUCCUAAUUUCAAUGCUGAUCCUGAAGCUAUAGCAACUAUAGUGUCCAUGGGAUUUACUCCUGCACAAGCUCUUAAAGCCUUAGAAGCAACG